AUGGUGCCAACCAUCCCAUACCGUCAUCACCGCCAACAGGACCCCAAUCACGCAACAUCGCAAGCUCUGCUCGACUUGCCCAAGGCCGAGGGAACCACGCUGCUUCUCAUAAAUAUCGACCCUGCCGAGGAGACAGACCCCGCCAACGCGGUCAAGGAGCUUGCAGCCCGCGGCAUCGACCACCUCGCCCUGGUGAUUAUCAAUGCCGGCGUGUCCUUGCGCUGGUGCAAGGUCUCCGAGGUCACGGCCGAGGACAUGCACAAGCACACCGUUACUAACACCUAUGACUUCAUCUGGCUGUUCCAGGCCGCUCUGGAGUUGGAAACGCAACCAAGUACAGUACCUUGGUGAUGAUGGACUAAUGUGCUGUCACUCUAUUUGGAUUUAU